GUUCAGUCUACACCAACUCAAGCUACAAUUUGGAAACUUGACCCAAAGAAAUUACUUGACUUUGAAGUCAGAAAUGAAAUCACAAAAAUUCUUCAAAGCUGCAAUGAUAUUAGCAAGUAG